AUGGAGAAGAUGCGUCAUGCGGAGGAGCUGGUGAGGGAGUUUCUGGUGUUCCGCGGCUUCACCAACACCCUCGAGUCCUACGAGAACGAAUUGCGCACCGACAUCGGAAAGGGCUUCGAGGUCGACAAGAUCCUCGACCUCAUCUUCUCCGUCUACGUUCCCAAGUUCCACGCCGAUAAGCUUGUUGCUCUCCUCGGGUUCUUCAAACACUACCUCUCUUCCUCCUCCGACACGCCGCUCGUGACCACGCUCUCGAAGUUGGAAGCUUCUCUUCUACGCUUCUACGUCGUCCACGCUGUGCAGUGCAACCGCAACGACAAGGUCGUUGAGUUCUUCGCGCUCUACGGCACCGAAUUGUUGCAGAGGUCACAAGAUUGGACUCAAUGGUUCGCGAUUCCUUAUAAGAAGAACCCGCACUUGGAUCCCGAGUUUCGGGUUUUUUUCUCCAAGGAGUGGUAUCAGGCUUUGCAUCUUUCUUCUAGAAACUUCUUCAGCGAGGUUUUCAACGCUACUCAUAUCCUUCACAUUAAUUCUGUUCAUAGCUCUAAAUUGGUUAGUUCGGAGAUGAAUACUAAUAAUAUACUCAAAAGAGAUAUCGUACAUUUAAAUCUGAAGUUGUCGCAACUUCAGGCUUUGGUCGAUGAGAAAGAGGCACAGUUACGUCAAUUUAGAAGUAUGGAAGGGAGUACUGGUUCAUCGAGCAAUUUGCGUGAAGAAGGUGCUAGUACGGUGAAAAAUUCUCCCGAUGUUUUUCCAACUAGCAUUUCACAAGUAAGUCAUAUCGACAUUAGCCACGAUUCAGCAGUGGGUGAACUUGUAAAUGUUCAUUCCGAGUUGAUUGGCUCCACAUCUUGUGAUGAUUCAACUUUUCUAUCAAAUGACUGUCUGAGGAAUGGCGGAGCUGACAAUGCCAGUGUAAAAGAAAACGAUGGGGAUGAAGAUUUUGCAGAGGUCAAAGUAGAGCACCAGGAGACAUUUUUGGGGCACACCAGUCCAAUCAGUCGAUGUCGCUUCUCUGCAUCUGGAAACAAUAUUGCCAGUGCUUCUCUGGAUGGAACUGUCAGGAUAUGGACAUAUGAUACAUCAACUCCAGUGUCUAGAAACGCAACUAUAUAUUGUGGCACUGAAAUUUUGUCACUUGACUGGGAAUGUAAAUCAGACCGCUUGCUUCUUAUAGGUACAUCCGAUGGGUGCAUUAAAGCAUGGAAUGUGGAUGCAAAGAGAGUUGUCUGUGAUCUCAACACAACUGAAGCGUUUCCAAGUGUACUGGAUAUAAAGUGCAGUCCUGUGGAACCGAUUUUUGUGUCUGCAGCAGCAUCUGGAGGGGCUGGUUCCAACUAUGUUGACAACCUGGGUUUUGCUUCGCUAACUGUAUGGAACAUGAAGACUUGGAAAGCCAUGACAGUCCUUCCUCUUGGAGAAGAUCCCCCAGCAAUUACUUCUCUAUGCUUUAAUCACAAUGGAAAGAUUUUGGCAGCUUCUGCAGUUGAUGGAAUGAUUCACAUGUUUGACAUGUCUGCUGGUCUACAAAUCACUGGCUGGCCAGCACAUGAUUCUUCCAUCAGUUCUAUUCUUUUUGGACCAGACGAGACUAGCAUUUUUAGCCUGGGCUCUGAUGGGAAGAUUUUUGAGUGGAGUUUGCAAAAUCAAGGUCAAAUCCUAUGGUCGAGAGACUGUAGUAGGUAUAUUUGUAAUUGCGGGCCUCUAUCUACAGUCAGAAAAGCAAGCGGCCCCUUCAUCUCUGGUGUUGUGUUUGGAAUCUUGAAGUACUUCUCUGCCCAAGCCAACCAUCCAAUUGGAUCACUCAUCAAAAUUGGGCAAUUCAACCAUCUGACUUCCUGGAUCUUGGUCACCUGCGGUGGAGGGCAGAGGUUCUGUUACCCCCUCAAUGGUUCAAAAUAUUGCAGACAUGAGAUGGCAUUAGAUGCAAAUGGGAGGAGACUCUUGGUAACAUCCAGUUCAGUUAGAGCACCCAUAUAUCAGGUUCAUGGGCAUCUAAGUGGAUGGAGAACACUUCCGCACGGUGCUCCUAUUACUGCUGUGGAUUGGCAUCCUACCCUACCCAUUUUCUUGACUGGGUCAGCUGAUAACUCUGUCCGAGUAACAUCUUUGUCAUAG